AGAGGACAGACAGGAUUCGUGGCUAGCUUCCGCCUUGCUGACAGACGACCCUACUGAGCUAUCACUGCCUUUAAAUAACACUAAGACGGCAACCUGCUGUCAACUGUUUUGUAAGUUAUACGAUAACCUUUACUGUUGCAUGAUACGUCAACUAACACGUCUAAAGCUAAAGCUGAAUGUCGAUAAUCCUACGUUGUUUUAAUGUGAGUCCACGACUGUACACACAACUCCCCGGACAAGUGCUCUACAAUCUAUCAAUGUCGUCUGAACUUAAGAAACCAGUCAGCACUAUCAAAAUGAAGCCUGAAAAAGACAGCUGGAGACUGAAUUAUGUCACUGGGAACCUGUUCUCCUGUCCUGAAGACGAGGCUUUGGCCCACUGCAUCAGUGAGGACUGCCGCAUGGGGGCAGGCAUAGCUGUGACGUUCAAGCAGAGGUUCAGAGGGGUAGAUGAGUUAAAGGGACAGAAAAAGCUGACGGGACAGUGUGCUGUACUGAAAAGAGACAGACGUUUUAUCUACUAUCUGAUCACAAAGAAAAAGGCCAGCCAGAAACCGACCUAUAAAAGCCUGAGCGAUAGCCUGGAGCAGAUGAGGUCACACUGUGUACUGAAUGGAGUAACAAGAGUAUCAGUGCCUCGUAUUGGCUGUGGCCUGGAUCGUCUGAGGUGGGAAAAAGUGUCAGUGAUACUGGAACAGGUGUUUAAACCCACAAACAUCUCCAUCACAGUCUACAGCCUCCCUGAGAAAGCAGAGACCACAGCAAUGAAGGAAAACAUGCGCAGAUAAUUGAUGGAAACGUUUCUUUAUUUUAAUAUUAAAGUUUGUGUUCUUUUCUGUAUUAUUCCCAUGUAUUCAAAUGUUGUCAUAAAUGACAUGGAAAUAAAUGUUGUUUUUUGCAAAUGAAA